AUGUCCGGUUUAAUUCUGCUUUUACCUCUGACCAGUUCGCGCAACUCGCGUCUCGACCAUCCUCCAUCCACCAGAUUUACCAGUCCCUCUCGACCGACCCCUAUACCGUGCGUCGUUAUCGGACGGAAUCAGAACCCUUGGCUUGAGACCAAUUUGCAGAAGCUCCAUAAUGAUCGCGAAGACAAUGCGAAUUUCAGUGAUGAUGCAGUAUACGUCCGGCGACGGUCAGGCGGCGGCGCUGUCUUCCACGAUGCGGGCAACUUGAACUACAGCGUUAUCUCUCCCCGAACGACCUUUACACGGGACAAACAUGCGGAGAUGAUGGUGCGCGCAUUACACCGCGUUGGAGCGAUCAAUACAAGUGUCAAUGAUCGCCAUGAUAUAGUCAUAUCGACGCUUGAAGACCAGCCGCGGAAGAUCUCUGGAUCGGCGUUCAAGCUGACGAGAUUCCGGGCACUGCAUCAUGGGACUUGUUUGCUCGAUUCGCCGAACAUAAGUGACCUUGGAUCCUGGCUUCGAUCUCCUGCUAGAGACUAUAUCAAAGCGAAGGGUGUUGAGAGUGUCCGGUCGCCAGUGGCCAAUGUGUCUUCUUCGAUGCAAGAUGCUCCCGCUGGCUUCUCAAUGCAGGCGGUCAUUGCUAGUGUGAUGGACGAGUUUGCGCAAGUUUACCAGGUCAGCCCGGAUGCCGUCCGCCAAGCUCAACGAGCUCAUGCUGUUGAGCCGGAGUUAUACGCAGCGGAUAGCUGGGUGGCCGGGGCUGUGGGUGAGCUCGAAGCCGAUGCGGUGCCCGAGAUUAAGAAGGGCUUGGACGAACUGAGGUCUUUGGAGUGGAAGUACACCCAGACACCGCAAUUUACGUUUUCGACGUACCCAAUUGAGGAAGAUCCCCGUGAAAGGCCACCCCUUCCGCCUUCCCUGCCCCCUUCGACCCGCGUAUUUCUACGCUUCAAACACGGAGCCAUCAUUGAAAGCUGCAUAUCCACCUCUGAUAACCCAUUAAUAGCCGCAGAACAGGCGAGCCGUGUACACCCAGCCCUAAAUGGGCGAAAGCUGCAUGAGUUGCAGCUAUCAAAUUGGACUGGUCUACUACUCGGCCGGCUAUCCGCUGACGAAGAACCGGAUACUAUACGGCAGCUGGCAAGCUUCAUUGCCAGCAAGUUCGGUUCGUAA